AUGGCGGCGAAGUCGGACGGCGUGUUGGGGGUCGGCUCCGGUUUCGCCCAGCUGCACAACAUGGACGAGGCUGCGGCGGCGGUGGCAGGGGACGGCCGGGGAGGGGACGCGGGCCCCGGGGAGAGCAGCUCCAUCCACAUCUGUCACUGCUGUAACACGUCGUCCUGUUACUGGGGCUGCCGCUCGGCCUGUCUGCGCUCCCUGCUGCGGGGACGGGGGAAGGUGCAGCAGCCGGAGCAGGAGCCGCCGCCGGCCGCAGCGCAGGGGGACCGGGCCUGGCUGGACUGCCUGUGGAUCGUGCUGGCCCUGCUCGUCUUCUUCUGGGACGUGGGCACCGACGUGUGGCUGGCGGCGGACUACUACUCCCAGCGGGACUACGUGUGCUUCUCGCUGACGCUGGGCUUCGUGCUGGUGCCGUCCGUGCUGGUGCAGAUCCUCAGCUUCAGGUGGUUCGCCCAGGAUUACAGCGCGGGAGGGCUCGGGGCGGUGGAGGGGCUCAGCAGCCGGGGACCCCCCAUGAUGGGCAACACUCAUCAUAACCACUACUACCACCGCCAUCACUACUACACCACCACCGGGCCCGGGGCCGACGGCUUCUGCCGCCUGUCUGUGUGGAUCUGGCAGACUGUCAUCCAUGUGCUGCAGAUGGGGCAAGUCUGGAGAUACAUUCGAACCAUGUACCUGGGCAUUCAGAGCCAGAGGCAGAAAGAACAUCAACGUCGGUUUUAUUGGGCUAUGAUGUAUGAAUAUGCAGAUGUCAACAUGUUACGCCUCCUGGAGACCUUCCUAGAGAGCGCCCCCCAACUGGUGCUACAACUCUGCAUAAUGAUACAGAAAAACCGUGCGGACACACUUCCAUGUGUUUCCUCUGUGGCUUCCCUGAUGUCCCUAGCUUGGGUGCUAGCCUCCUAUCACAAGCUCCUUCGGGACUCCCGGGAUGAUAAGAAGAGCAUGAGCUACAGAGGAGCGCUUAUUCAUCUCUUCUGGCGACUUUUCACCAUAUCAUCCCGAGUUAUAUCUUUUGCCCUCUUUGCUUCAAUCUUCCAGCUCUACUUUGGGAUCUUUGUAGUAGUCCACUGGUGUGUCAUGGCCUUCUGGAUCAUUCAUGGUGGGACAGACUUCUGUAUGUCCAAAUGGGAGGAGGUCCUCUUCAACAUGGUGGUAGGAAUUGUGUACAUUUUUUGCUGGUUUAACGUCAAGGAAGGCCGGACUCGAUAUAGAAUGUUUGCUUAUUACACUGUUAUUCUGACAGAGAAUGCUGCCUUGACGUUCCUAUGGUAUCUCUACAGAGACCCUAACACAACUGACUCCUAUGCCGUGCCAGCACUGUGUUGUGUUUUUCUUAGUUUCGCAGCCGGGGUUGCAUUCAUGCUUCUCUACUAUGGUGUGCUGCAUCCCAUGGGGCCACGAGCUAAGAUAUUUGCCAGCUCCUGUUGCGCCGAGCUGCUCUGGGGCAUUCCUUUGCCCCCUGAUGUUGAGCCCAUGGCACCCCAAACCCCUGGGCACCGGGGGGCUCAGGCAACGCCCACCAGAGCGGUGGCGGAGCAACAGGACGAUCUAGCAGCUGACACAUGCUUGCCCGUUUUCCAGGUGAGACCAAUGGUGCCAUCCACUCCAUCUGGGCGCCCUUAUUACCCAGAGGGGCCCCUCAUAAAGAUUGACAUGCCAAGAAAACGAUACCCAGCUUGGGAUGCUCAUUUUGUUGACAGACGAUUGAGAAGGACUAUCAACAUUCUUCAAUAUGUCACCCCCACAGCUGUAGGUAUAAGAUAUAGAGACGGUCCUCUCUUGUACGAGCUUCUCCAGUACGAGUCUUCUCUCUAAUGCUCCAAACCCAGAGGAACCUUAUUUUUGUUUACGAGAAACACAGCUCAUUGAAAAAAUAACACAAAGAGAGAGCUUGUCCCAAGCUUCAUUUAUGGUCGCUAUAUGUAUACAAAGAUAUCCUCUAUGUUUUGUAAGUAAAAACAAAAAAAAAUGAAGACUAACCUUCGGUGUUUUACACACAAGAAACAGUAUUGAAACAUCCACGCUACUAUCCGGGGUGGAGAAAAGAAGUCUCCACUCUAUAUUUUAUACAUUGUACACCAAGUGUAGAGAAUUCAUGGGACUGGUGCUGAUAGAACAAACUAACCUUCAACUGCCUUAUGCCCUUUGGUGCUGAGUUUCAUUAACUACUGUCACCUCUCUAAUGCAAAACCGGUGGUUAUUAAGUCAAGGAAGCGAUGAAGCCUUUUUUCGUCCGACCACUUUCAUGAGGUCAAGGUGCGGAGCGAUGCUGAGACGGAACGUGAUCAACGUGUCGUCUCACACCAGGGAUAUAUGCAGAACCCGGCUCUAGCUUAACCCUUUCGCUGUAGGCCUCUCCCGCAACAGCCAAAGGGUUAACAAAAGGAACGGGAUCUCAGAAAAGCCGCUAUGUGAUGGUCAGCUGUAUUCUGCUUGCACUGAAUUCACAUAGUAAUACCAUUUUUACUUCCAAAAAAGAUGGGGGGAAAAAAAAACAAAAAAACAACAACGGUUGACCUUCGAUCAAACACCAAAAAAACUGUUUCACUCUACUACACCAGUCGAAAGAAAAAGAAAAAAAAUCAGUAAUAAUUAAACUCAGCAUGGUAGCAAAAAGAAUGAAGACAAUUUAAAGGCACAAUACUUGGUUGGUGACUCUAAAAUUCAAUCUCUUCUAAUUUCCCGUUUAUUUUAUUUUUAUUUUCGAGGCCGCCCGACGAGCGCGGUGCGUUACAAAUACCCACUAAAGUCCUAUUUGUGUCUCAUGUUCAAUCUGAGCCUUAAGGUGAUCUUUAGUGCUAUUCUACUUUUCCUUUUUGUCUUAUGACAAAAAAAAAAAAUAUAUAUAUAUAUAUAUAUAGAUAUAUAGGUUAUUUUCCUCUAACAGAGAUACAAUUACUGGUGCUUUGUACUUUUUUUCAGUUGUGAUUGGCUAAAACCGUUCACAUGGUGCAUUUCUAAGAACUGGGGUGAAAUUGUUCUCCUUUGUAAAGUGUGUAUAUCACAGAAAUGAAUGGGACAGCUGCUAGAUUUUAUUUUAUUUAAUUUCACCCGCAGUUCUACAAGAUAAUAUCUCUUUCCGUAAAGCUUGACAAAAAGUACUGUGUAUUAGUUUAUUGAACUUUUUCAAUUUUUUUAUUUAUUUUUAUUAUUAUUAUUAUUAUUAUUAUUAUUACUAUUACUUUUUUUUUCUCUUGCUCAUUAUGUUUUUGUUUUCUCAGAUAUGUGCACAAAAAUUGUUUCAUUUUUGGUAUAAUUACAAAAAAAAAACUGUUCCAAAAUUGUUCCAGUAUUUUAUUUUAUUUUUGUUUUGUUUCACAAACUCACACCUCAUGAGACUAUACGACACAUUCUAGAGUAUUGCUACGGUACUUUAAAAGGCCGUCUUGUUUCAAGGCAUCAUUUCCCACAUUCGCUCUACUUGGCAAAAAAAAAAAAAAAAAAAGUAAUAUAAAAAGAUAUAUAAAUAUAUAUACAUAUAUAGAGAGAGUAUAUUUAAGUAAAUCCUGUUAGUCUUUUCUGUGUGUGAAGUCGAAAGGAGUUAUUUUUUAAUUUUUUUUUAUUUUAUUUGCCGAAAAGAAAUAAAUAAAUUAAAUGUUGAGCUGAGCUAGGGAGAUGUUCAACAUUGUGUGUUGCUAAGAAUUUAUACAUUUUUUGUUUUUGUUAGUUUUUUUGUCUUUAAUUUUUCCAUUUUAAUUUUAUUUUUUUUACCUGUAUAAUGUCCUAGUUAUUCAACAAGGUGAUGCAAUGAGUUUUUGAAAACAUUGAGUGAAUAACUAAAUUUUGUUCAAAAAUUAUACAAAAAUAUACUUUUUGUUGUUGUUCUGUUUGUUUUGCAAGGGAUUAUGGGAAUUUAUUCACCAUAGUGUAGUAAGGGCUGCUUCAAAAAAUGUAGCCUGUAUGCCAAAAAAAAAUAUUAAUUGGUUUCACUUUAUAUUAAACAUUUCUAAAUUCCUAAAAAAAAUUGUCCAUAAUCCCAAGGAGAUUUAUGUUUAUUUUUAUGUAUUUAUUUAUUUUUAUUGUAUGUAUGUUAUUUAUUUUUUUAUAAUGCGUAUGACUGUUAUUGUCUUUGUGUGCAUGCUAUUUUUUAUUUAUUUAUACAUUUUUUUGUAAAUCCACCAGAGACUGUUUUUGAAUACUUCAGUGCAAUACAGUAAGAACAAAAAAAUAAAAAUAAUAGCAUAUAAAAGACUUAAAAUAAUGAAAUGGGGUUUUCCAGGAUGGCAAUAUAUAGGAUAAGCCCAUCAAUAUUCAAAAGGCGGGGCUCUGACUAUUAAUAAGUCGGGUAAAGGGGCCACAGAAUGCUACAUCUACUUCAUUGUUUACCAAGCGUACUCCAUACUUUUAACCCAUGUUCACACAUUGUAACAAAAUUGCCGUAUUUUAUUUACCACAUGUUUUUUUACAACAGAAUAUCGGGGAAAACUGUCAUAUUGGGCAGGGAUAGAGUGAAGCCCUAAUCUUGCCCACACCCUCUGUCCCUGCCUACUUGCGUACCCGUCCUAAACAACGGGUCCACAACCACGAGGACGAUCCCUUCCUAUUAUACGUGCAGGGACAGACAGAGUCAAAACAAUAAAAUACAAUACAGAUGGAGUCAGGCACAGCUGGAGGCACACAAAACUAACAAAAGUAAAACUAAACACACACAGUCAAAUCAGAGUCAAACUAGCUGAGUCAGCAACUUGAGAUAGCGAAGUACCAAUACACAAAAGCAGAAGAAAGGUCAAAGCCGAGCCAAGAUCAAUAUCAAGAUUACAGAGACAAACAAUGCUAGUUACUCAAAGACAAGUUAUUUCACUGGCAACUAAAAACAGAAUGAGCUGGACUUAAAUGCUCUCUCCACAGGUGCAGGCUCGGCCGGCUUAGCUGCUCACAGCCCAGAUUGGCUAAGGCAUAGCCAAGCAACCAGGCCAAGCCAAACCUCAGGGAGGGUUAACCCUUUGAGUUCUUACAGAAACGAACUAAAAAAUAUAAUUUGGCAAUGUUGUAUUAAAAUUGUCUUUAAGUUCCAGAUGGCCGUUUGUUUCUUUUACG